AUGUGGACACUGCUGCUCACGCUGCUACUAGCAGCUGCCACGGCCUUUGUGGUAUACGGCGAUGUGCUGCUGACGCUGCUGCUGCGCCGGUACGUGGCUUCUAUCGUCGGUCCCAAGUUUACCGUUGCUUGGUCCCUCCUCCACGGCUCGCUGGAACUGCGUGACCUAGAGCUGGACCAGGAGAUGCUGCCCAAUCUGGAGCCAUUGGCGGGGCUUCCAUUCGGCCUCGAGCGCGUGGAAAUGCAGCAGAUGAGGCUGGCCGUGCCGCUAUGGGGAUGCUUGCUGCGGCUCGUGAGCGGCCGUCGCCCCCUGGAGUCCAGACUCAUCUUAGGCGGACUGCGUUUUUUCUUGACGCUCGAUGCGGCAGAGAAGUGGAUGUGGCGACGUGACGAGAACGCGGUUCGCUGCAAAGAGGCAGUGAAGCUAGCGGCCAAGGCGCGAGUGGCGCGUGUUAAUGCCUGGACAACCACUGUGGUGCAGAAAGUCAAAGAUCUUGAAAAUUUGCGGGAGAAAAUUCGCCAGGCGCACAAGCCGAAGACUGACAAGGGUUGGGACGAGGCGUUACCGAAGCCUGCGUUCUGGCACUUGUGGGUAGAUAAAUUGCUAGACUCGUUCGAGUUUUCGCUACAGUCAUUCUCGCUCAUGAUACGUGACGAGUACUCCGAAGCUAUUGUAGGUAUUGCGCUCGAACGGUUCGAGAUAUGCCGUAGCAGCAGUUGCGAAGAUAAACGACGCAAGCGCGCGGUCUGUUUGGUAAACUACGAAAUGUUCUUGAACCCGAAGCAAACAGGCAGUGGUGAUGUCUGCCAUCUGAUUACUCCACUCACCAUGGAGGUCGGCGUUUUCAUGCCAUUUAUUUUCCAGUCGCUCAUCUUGGGACAAAAAGACGCGGGCACACGCGCGUUUGAACUUGAAAUCUCGUUUGCUAACGGGCAGAGGUUUGGAAUCGAGCUGCGGCCUGCACAGGCUGGAUUGUUACUGAGACUGCUGAAGCCAAUCAACUAUUACUAUGACUGGCAAAUGACGGCCUCUAUUCAGGAUGAUCUGGCGUGUGUGCAGCUCACUUCGACCGAGUCCGAGGAGUACAUGUUGUUGUUUAAUCAACAGUGGAAGCUUGACAACGACAUGGGCUUCGCAGCCCGCAUGUACGAGGGAUUUAAGCAAAAAGAGGUUAUUGCCAAGCGGACUGCCCGAUUAGAUGAAUUGGAACUGAAAGUACUAGCAUCACGUCUGCUUUAUUUGCGCGCGCUGUCACUCGGAUUAGAGAUUCCGAAUGCAGGGAAGCCUCUGCCAUUCGUAAGCGAAGAAGAUGUGGAAACGGGAAAUUUACGCAGGUUCGUAGAAAAUCCGGUGAAUGCUUACGUGGAUACGGCAAAGGUACCAGAGACGCCCCCGAUGUUCCAUGUCUUCCGACUAUCAUUUGAAGUGAAAGAGAUGAAUGUGAAAAUGGUCGCGGACAAUGAAGAUGAGCUUAUGACGUUCUUCGUGCGCAAGAUGGACUUUGAAUUGUGCUGUCAGAUCAAAAAGGUCGCUGACCAGGACACAGCUGUCGAAAUUGCGCUGAAUAUAGUGCGCUUUGGGCUACUGGACAAUCGUGGCGCCUCAACUAAUGUGUUCCGCCAGAUCAUGGACCGGAACCCCGAAGCUGAAGAUAUGAUGUCGGUUGUAGUCACGCAGCGUGGGGAUGGUUAUAUGGACGUCGGAGUGACCCUCAAGCACUUCUCGUUGUUACUUGUGUUUGACCCAUUAUUGUACACAAUGCACAAGUUCCUGCCCGCGAUCAGUGAAGACGAAAAAGAGCAAAUGCGAUUCAUUGCAUGCGAGAUGGCGGACAGCAUGGAUUCCCCAGAGGAGCGAGAUGCCGCAAGACACGUCUUCGUGGAAGAUCUACCAAAACCGUACUCGCCUCUGAUCAUCGGUGGUAUGUCGCUAGGUUGUAGCGUCACAUUACAGGGCUGUGAGUUUUGCCUCAUCGGGGAUUCGAAGACCUUGAAGUCCUCUGUCUUGGCUUUCACUUCGGAUACGAAGCUUCGAAUUUUAAGCUCCGAGCGCUCCGAAGCCGUAGAGCUGGAGCUGGUUGACGUAGCAUUGACUCCGUGCACAAUCAUUUUGCGCGAUGACGGUAUUGAACUUGAUGUCGGUGACCUGCGAACCAUUCUGGAACUCGAAGGUGAUGGCGUCGACUUCUCAAUGGGGUACAGAGUUUCAGUUGGUUUGCCUCGGGAGUCAUCAGAGUCCAGAAUCGGAGCGUCUUAUGGUACAGGGAAGUCUGCAGCGAACUUGUGGAACGUUGCGAAAAAAGCUGCCGCAAAACAACAAAUCGUCGAGGUCGACCACCCCGACAUUGAAGAUGCUAGCGAGCGAUCGUUGGUCGUCCAUCGUCAGGAUCGCGUAAAAGCUGACGCACGCCGCAAGUUGACGAUGCAAAUGUCCGACUUUGGAAUGAACCUUUCUGCCAAUGACUUGGGCGUACUCCUAAGUAUUUUAGCAUCGCUUAAUGACUCUGUGCUGGAAGACAUUGAGGUAACUCAAAAGCGCAAAGAAUGCGAAGCUCGCAUGGAGGCAGCGAGGCGUAGGAUCAAAGAGGAGCGCUACACGGAACGACUUAAAGCCGAAUUUAAAUUGCGCGAUAUUGAUGGCGGGGGUUCGUUGGAUGUUGCGGAAAUUGGGGACCUGCUUCGUAGCGCGACUGACUGCGAACAUUUGACCAAGUCUGAAUUCGAUGCGACUGUGGCAGAUUUUGUCAGCAUUGUGGAUCGCGAUGGGAGUGGCGAUGUAUCUUUGGAAGAGUUUGGGAGAGCGCUAAGCCGAAACAGGAUCUUGUAUGCACGGUUGCAUCGCAGUUUGAUUGGUAUUACUGGUCAGGAAUAUGUUGACCCCGAAAUGCAGAGAAACAAAGUACCGUAUCUGGCCGGCAAUCACGCGAAUACUCUUGCCAACGCAGCAGCUCUAACUUCUUUCUGGGAGCGAUACGAGGACCAAAUUGGCGCGUCGAAGACAUCACUGAAUGGUCAAAGGCCUGUCAUUGUUCAGAAAAAAAUGGUCCGUGCGCUUAAGAAUUUCGAGUACGCCCAGGAAGCAUGGAACAGGAUCGUCGAUCCGUCAUUGGUAAAACCCGGUGAACAGAGCCGUUGGCUGCUGAGCAAAGAGAUGGAGAUGAACGGCCGAGGAGAUUUGAUCGAUCAGUUGCUGUCAAGUCUAAAGGACGACGCUCACGGUCGGGCUUCUAUCAACCCGGGUUCCGUCGGUGUACCACAAAUCUUCGUCCAGACAGUUGUUUCUACAUCAUUUGGCGGAUUUUACUUGCGCUUGAUUGAUGAAAUGCUGCCAAUGGGACUGCCAGCGAUCGAGAUAUCGUUGGAGGAAUUGGGAAUGUACGCCAACUUUUCUGUCUGGGAGGGCGAAUCGCAGAGCACUGCUACCAAUAACCUGCAAGCGCGCAAGCGGUCCACGGACAGCUUCGGAGUCGCUAAAAUAAGUUUUGACGUAUAUGGCAACUAUUAUAACACAAAGGCUCGCCAAGUCGAACCUUUUGUCGAGUUUUACCAAGGCAUCUUGGAUAUCAGAAAGGAGCCCAAAUGUCCGCUGGAAGUCAUUUAUUCGUCAGAUCGCUAUUUCCAGUUGAACGUCACGUCCGCGUUUAUGGAAGCAGUGAAUACAAACAUGACUGCGUUUUCCAAUGUUGAGCAACGCGCGGAAGCUGAGCGCCCUCACAUAAAAGAACUUGGUGGCAUUUUCUGGAUGCUGAAUGAAAGUGGCGUGAACAUUAAGUACUAUAUGGUAGCAAGGAAGCGGUCGAAGGAAAAAUUGCAGGAGGAAAUUGUGACUGCGGUAACUACUGUUUCUCCGACUGAAGCGCACGCUUGUGUGCUGCUGAAUAAUGGUGAAGCCGAAGAGUACGAGCAACAGAGUCUGAAGGAAAAGCAGCUGCGGCAAGCAUUUCGAGAUGCUGAUCAGGACGAAAGUGGUGAGUUGGACACAGAGGAAGUACGUGCCGUUCUUCGAAGCGUAUUUGAGGAGGAAGAUAAACAACGGAAGUCGUCAGGCACAAAGAAGUCAUCGGUGUACAAACGCAGUAGCAGCGUUCUAAACAAUGAUGCUGACUUCACUCGGGCCGUGGAAGACUUUAUCGCAUUGGCAGAUACAGACAAGUCUGGACAAGUUUCUUGGGAAGAGUUUAAGAUUGCGAUUUCGAAAUCGCGUGCUACUGUUGACCGUUAUGUUUCAUUGGAGAUUGAAGGAUACCGGACAAUCCACGGCGUGCCUCUGAUGUCGAUAGGGCAAACCCAAGUUUACGAGCUGACUCCUCUGUUUGAAGAUAUAGAAUCUGAGACGUCAAUCGCGGACCUGUACGACAGGGGGGUGGCUUUAUUGACUCAGAUAGAGGAGCCGACCCGUCAAGAUUUGCAGAAGGCAUAUGCCUGUAUGCAUCGCGUAAAGGAACUGAAUCCAAACUACGAAUGGAUUGAUUCUUACUACGGCGACUGUAUGCGGCAGUACCUCCCUGCAUUGGCAGCCGUCCACAUCACUGUUGAUGGGUUUUAUGGGCUACAAGUGGAGGUCUCCGGAGCCGAGUAUGUUCGCAAUGGGACUGCUAAAGAUACGGAGCUUUUGAUGUACGAUGUUCAGGGACAAAUUGCGCCCUGCAAUCCAGAACAGCACAACGGAGAGGAGCGUUUUUUCAUGCUACCUGCUUUCGGUACAAUCAGCAUUCCUUUGAAUCUGGUUGACGCCGGAACUUUUGCGAUUCGUCAAAUUGGUGAAACCGAGUGGAGUGAUACGCUGUGUUUGUCCGUCGCAGAGCAACGAAUGUACAAGAGGCUGACAAGGUUUGAGCAGCUCGAGGUCCAGAAAGCGUUGCGUGGAGAGACCACUAGCUCUGUCGCUUCUGCUAAACGCGCGAAGGAGAAGCUGGGUACAAAUGCUGCUCUCCCAAACCCGAAUGAGAUUUCACCUACCGGAAAAGAAGUUAUAUACCCUUCAUCACAAUGCAUCGAUAACCAGCCAACGGUUGUGAUCGAGAGACUAUCCGCAAAUGAUGUAAAGCUAGGUACAUGGUCGUUGACCAUUCAGCCGCAGUUGGUGCUUCACAACGUUCUUCCAUGCGGCGUCGAAUAUAUGAUUGUUCAGCCUGACGAUUGUCCGCCCAGUACACUCACCAGCAAGGGGGAGUUUCGUGUCGUAGACAAUACCGGAAAGGACAAGAAGUCUCGAGCUGUGAAAACACUGGGUCAGAUCGACUAUUUUAGUUACGUCAACGAUGUAAACAGCCGGAAGAUGUACGUGGAAAGCGGCAAGUCGAUCCAAGUAUUCGGUCUGAACUUGGGCAAAUCAGCCUUGAUGGUGAUGCGUCUUUGCGCAAGUGAGAUUAACCGGGCUCCAACAUGGAGUGCGCCAUUCCUGGUCCACCUUGAAGCGUCUCGCAAGUUGUUCAAUAAAGACGUGUUCGAGUUGAUAUUUGAUGACGGCCCGAGCUUCAUUUUCCAGCCUCAGUGGGAAGAAAAUGGUGCUCGAACAGUAUUCUUUUACUCGCCGUACUGGAUACAAAAUCGAAGUGGGUUGGACCUACGUUUGAAGUUGUCUCGUGGUCGAGUCUGUACUAUUGAAGAGCAUCGCGCUUUCUUUCCUGGUGCUAAGGACAUCCCUUUACUCGUCGCUGCUCCAGCGGAAAAGGCUUUAGUUUGUUUCCAUCCAUUCCAAGAGACGCCACGCAUCUAUGAGGGCGAGUCGCUUGUGUCUGGAACUACGAAGAAGUAUUUGCCGAAUUUUAGCAAGCUGGGGUGGUCAGAGACUGAAGAUCUGGCGGCUGUAAGUAAGAAAGGAGAACUGCGUGCAAGUGGAUCGGGAAACUACUCAUUUGUGCUUGCAUUUGAAGUCCGCGCCGCUCCAGCUCAAUUUUUUCGGUCGAAGAUUUUCGUGAUUUCGCCACGAUUUGUGUUUUUGAAUCACGUGUCGCGCCCAUUGCAGAUAUCUCCAAUUUUGCUUGACAAAAAGGGCAACUGUAAGAGAUACCAUUCUGACCAAAGUAAUUGUACCUUGAAAGAAGGUGAAGCCGUUGUGGUGUAUCGCGUGAAGGGACCUGAGAAGUACGUGGUAAGCUUGCGUGUUCGUGAUAUGCCCACAGAUAGCCAAGGCGUGGGCGAGUGGGGUGCGAGCAUGCCAUUGUUCAAGCUUGCGUCAAAACUGAGUGACCCGAAUGUGACAUUCAACAUGUCGGACGAAGCUGCAUUUUGGACGCGUGGUAGCUUGGGCGAUGGACCUGUGUGUAGUAUGAAAGUUCACGAGGUGGCUGAGACAAUCUUUGCAACAAUAAGCGAUAUAUCGGCCAAACCGAACUAUCGUGUUGAGAAUCGCUCAACGCGUUACUCGUUCCGGUACGUGCAGCAUGGCGUAAAGACCGCUGAAGAGAUCGUUUUAGGCCCUUUGGAAAGCCAUUCGUUCGCGUGGGAGGAUCCAAAGGCAGAUUCGAAGUUGCGAAUUACGGCAACGCACUGGAAGGUGCCGGCGGUGGUUGACUUUAUCCAAAUUGGUGAGAUAAGAAGCGCGCCACAGGGUCUACACGGUGAGGUGUACAUUGACGGAUCUACACGGGUGCUUUCCAUGGGAGAUACCAAAACGUUUUAUGAUGUCCGACAGCGUGCAACCGUAAGCGACUGGCUUAGUAAUAUGGUGAUUGAUGUUUCGAUGCACGGAGUUGGAAUUACAUUGGUGGACGAGCAACCGCAGGAGAUAUUGAAUAUCACCAUGGAAACCAUUCGGUUCGACUCAAAGGCAAGGUCUCGUCGCGUUUCUCUGAUGGUUCACCACGUUCAAUUCGAUGACAUGACGCCACAUUCCGCAUACCCCGUUGUAUUCGCUCCCUUGGACAGUGGUUUCAACAGCGACAAGCGUGAGGGGUGGCUUCCGGGCGACAGCGAAAUACCAUUCUUUACGCUGAGUUGCGAAACACUUCCGCAGAGUGGUAUUAUUGUUGUCAACGACUUCGAUUUGCAGCUUGAGUCAAUAGCGGUCAAACUGAACUUGGAAUACUUGCUCGGGCUGAGCAACCUUCUUUUCCAGUUCAUACCGGGAAGCGACGAAGCUUCGAUUCUACAGCAAGGCGUUGAAGCCAAGAAUGAAAUGCUUGUGCUGAAUAUCCCGUUUCCCAGUGGUUCCGUUUCCGCUGGUAUGCUACUCUAUUUCAAGCGUUGGCACAUGAGCAAGUACGAAUUUGAUAUGGUGUUUGAUUCGUUGCAAGAAGACAAAGGCGAAGGCAUUUCUGCAGUGCUGGGCAAUACCAUGGGAAGUAUUGUCGGAGGAAUCGCGCAUGUGACACCUGUCUUUCACUUCGACGAAAUCAUCUACCACAACCGCUUUUUCUACGAGUACGAUCUGAUUUACGAUGUCGUUCUGAAAAUUGUGUACUCGGUCAUUGGUCAGUGGUAUCGAAUCGUCGGUAGUGUAGAGAUGUUAGGUGAUCCGGUUGGCCUUGCCACAGACAUUGUGGAUGGAUUCGCGCUUGCUGCACGCCAAUUAAAGCGCGAUGUGAGGGGUAAAAGCCGUCGGAAGGGUGAAAGUGCUAUAACUGUCGUGCAAACUGUGUUUGGCGUGCCUCUGCGAUCCAUCGGAAAGGUCUCAAACGGGCUCGGUGACGUAGUGAAGAAGGUCACAUAUUUCGAGAGUCAGGAGGACUCGGAUGAACCCCGGCAUAUCCCUGAUGGAUUUGUGCAGAGUGGCAAGGUUUUCGGAAAAAGCAUUGCGUACGGUGUGACAGGCUUUGUCAAGGAGCCCGUUCGUGGUGCUAAAAGCGGAGGUGUAAAGGGUUUUGCGAAAGGUGUUGGUCGCGGAACGUUGCAACUCGUUGCGUGUCCUGUUGUCGGUACGCUCGGAGUUGUCGAAAAGAUGUCGCAGUCAGUGAGCAACACCACGCACCUGAUGGAUGAAAAACACUUCGAGGGCACUCGCCGACCCGCGAGAAAUCUCAUGACGGGAUCGCUAAAGCAACUUUCCGACUCUAACGUGAUCACGGAGGUUGAGGUGCAUUGUUUAUACGUUGACGGGUUGCCUGACACCGUGAAUCCGAAGGCUGUGGUCCGCGUAUAUUCUCAGACCGAUGGCUAUCCUGCAAAGGAACUUGGUGAGUACAAAUCAUCGACUGCGCGACACACAGGCACACCUAAGUUCGACCAGUCGUGGCUGAUUGCUGUAUCGUCGCUUGACACGUUCAUCGAGAUCAACGUUUACCACAAGCGGAAACCGCUUCCAAAAAAGCGUCUUGGCUUCGUUCGGUUCUCCAUGGAGGACAUCUACCGUGACUUUGAGGCUGUUCCUGCGAAAUUGUUGGCAGAUACGAACGCAAAAAUGCAGCUCAAGCGCCGGAAACGCGUCCGUGGCAGUAUCAUUAGCAAGUUGGCGUCGGCAAGCGAGCGCCCGGUGGAAAUUCGUGACGAUUCGUGGCGCCACCGGAUCAAUCAUCCGCCCAAGUCGGGUAGCAGUAUUUUUUCAGAAGACGAAAAUGACGGCUUUGCAAACUACGACCAGGAGGUGAGCAUCCUGAGCUCCAGCUCGAUUUGCCUCGAUGGGUCGUUUCCGCCCUCACCGGUCGGUAUUCCGCUGCAGGGGUGCGAGUCGGGGGCGAAGAUUUACCUGAGCAUCCGAUACGUGAAUGAUAUGCGGCGGUAUGCAUAA